GUGAGCCGCCGCCGCGCUCGGAGCUCGCAGGCGCCGCGUCGCCGUCGCCACCGCCUCCCGCCCGUGCGCCCUCGGCGCGUCCCCGCCGCGCUCCCAUCCCCGCCGCCGGCCAGGGGCGCGCUCGGCCGUCCCGGGCAGUGUCCCCGCUGCGGCCCCGCGGCGAUGGCCACCAAGAUCGACAAAGAGGCUUGCCGGGCGGCGUACAACCUGGUGCGCGACGACGGCUCGGCCGUCAUCUGGGUGACUUUUAAAUAUGACGGCUCCACCAUCGUCCCCGGCGAGCAGGGAGCGGAGUACCAGCACUUCAUCCAGCAGUGCACAGAUGACGUCCGGUUGUUUGCCUUCGUGCGCUUCACCACCGGGGAUGCCAUGAGCAAGAGGUCCAAGUUCGCCCUCAUCACGUGGAUCGGUGAGGACGUCAGCGGGCUGCAGCGCGCCAAAACCGGGACGGACAAGACCCUGGUCAAGGAGGUCGUACAGAGUCAGGUAGCCUUGGCACAGCCGAAGAAAUGGUCCAUGCUGUGGUGAUCCUUCUGGGUCAGGAUCCCAGAAGAGAGGUCUCUUUCCUCAGUGUCAGUCAGUCUCUUAAGAAGACCCUGAUUGGCCCAGCCUGGGUCACAUGCACAACCCGGGCGGGGAAGAGGGGUUUCAUGAUUGGAAGCUCCAGUGUGAUCGCAGUUGUUAAAGAAAGGGAUCUCAUGGUGAAUGAAGCACAGAUGUGCACUGCGGUGCGGGGGUUGGGGGGGGGGGGGGGGGGGCGGCUGGAAUGCUGUCUGGAACGACAGGUGCAGGGUCAUAUUUUGACCAUUACCAUUUGCAUUUUCCACCUCUGCAUUUAAAAAUCCCAAUUAUCUGAAACUACUACAAGACUUUACAUUCAUGCUGCGUUUGCAAAUACAGCCAUCUAGGUUACAAAGGGUCCAUUCUGCUGGCAUGACGCUAUCUUUCCACAGGCACUAAAACCCCUCUGAGACUGGCCUGCCCAUCAGCUAGCUUCCCCUCUGCCUCAUGGAGACUCGGAGCAGAUGUUCUCUGAGGACCUUCCAGAUGGGCCCGUUCUGGGUGCCAUGUCUUGGGGACCGGGUCACUUACCCGAUUGCUUUUUUGCCAUCAUUUCCAUGUGAAGAAGAAGUGGAUUGGCCUUUGGUUUAAGAUUAUUGUAUUCAUAAACCCUUGACUUUGGUUGUAAUAAAAGUCAUGCACGUGCGUUCUCGUGCUUUGUGUGUAACAUGGAGGGUGUAAAUUCAUUGCAUGGUCAUUGAUGUGGAGGAACUGGAAUCCAGCGGGGGCAAUUUUUUUUUUUCUUUUUGAGACAGAAUCUCACUGUGUCACCCAGUCUGGAGUGCAGUGGCGCAGUCUCAGCUCACUGCAGCCUGUCUCCCAGGCUUAAGCAAUUCUCAUGCCUCAGCCUCUUGAGUAGCUGGAGAUUAAAGGCGUGCGCUACCACGCCCAGCAAAUUUAGAGGAGGGAUCUUUAUGCUACUAACCACCCGCCUGGCCAUGGACAAAUCUCUCCCUCCCUGGGUCUCAGUGUCCUCAUUUGUAAAAUGAAGAAUCGGAUAAGUUGACUUGCUGUGUCAUAUUCUAGUUUGGCGUAUUCUGAAAAUUCUUCUUUUAUAUUAAUGGAGUAAUUUGUUUACGAAGGCAUUUUGCCUUUAAAUGAACCUUAUGUUACUUUGUCAAGGAGGAAAGUGUAGUACAGUGGACUUUGGAGCCAGAUGGCAUGGGUUUAAAUUUCAGCUCCGUCACUUACUGUGUGGCUUGGGCACAUGGCUAACACGCUCUGGGCUCAGUCACCUGAUGUGUAAAAUAAGAGUAAUAUAAUGUGUGUCUUGUAGGAUUGUGGUGGGGAUUAAAUGAGCAAAUAUAGGGAAAGUGCUUAGACCAAUGUCUUAAUUUCUGGGACCCGGAAGUAGUAGCUGUUUUUCCAGCUUUCCUUUUAGACAACACCAUGACACACAGUUCUGGCAGGAAACAUUUCUACCCUGUAGAUUAUUUUCUUAGGAGAUGCUCGAUACAGAUGCUGAGCUACAGGGCACAGAGCAUCACUCUUGUUGUUUACCAAUGUUGCCAGUUGUGUUGUAAAUGGCUUGGGCCAAAGUCACAGCCAUCAGCAGCACAGGAAGGGCCUGGCCUUACCCGCACUUGCCAGCACUGACCUCCAACAGUUCAUACUUCACCUGUGGCCUGCCACACAGGUGCGUCAGCAUACGGGGAAACUGAGGCCCACAGCAGUGAUAGGACCUGCCCUAAACUCACCGCUAAUGAAUAACAGAGCUGGGGCUAGAACUAAGAGUCAGGUUCGACUCUAAGUCUCCUUAGUUUAUUCAGAGCCAAGAAAGUGAGAGGCGGCAGUGGCUGGGAAAACAGGACAAAUGCCAGCAAGGCCACGGGGCAGCAGGGGCUGCCAGGCAGGCUGGGCUGGCGACUGCGACGCCCAGACUCGAGUCUGGGGAAUGCGCUGAACGUUCAGCACGCACGGCUGCCUGGCCACAGCUGUUGUCUGCCACACCGAAGUACCCGGCUGGUGCCCAGGACAGAGCCUCUGUCCCAUUGUUCUCCUGUCUCUGCGGGAUUGUGGGGACAAUGCCGUGACCUCUGGUAGCGGCCUGCGAUGUGCUAGGGCCAGGCUCUCUCGGUUGAGAGCCAUGCUUGGUCAUUGCUGCGACAUGCUUGUCUUGCAGAAUGGGUUCAUUCACUUGAUCCUUUUAUUCAUUCUUUAGCAUAAUACAAACAUUCACGGAGCCAGGAAUCCAGAGGGCGUGCAGCUCAGCUUUCAGGGUCAGGAACGGAGGACAACAGAGGGUGCUGCGUCCAAGGAGAAGUGGAGGUGGGAAGGACGGACGUGCCAGGGAUGGUGUGAACUAGCCAGUCAGAGUCUAUUCCGAUGGCUUCUAAGCCCCGGAAGCAACCAGGCUCAGUGGCUCACACCUGUAAUCACAGCACUUUGGGAGGCCAAGGCAGAAGGAUCGCUUGAGCUCAGGAGUUGGAGACCAGCCUGGUCAACAUAGUGGGACCUCAUCUCUACUAAAAAUAAAAAAAGUUAGCCAGAGCGUGGUGUCGCAUGCCUGUAGUCCCAGCUACUCAGGAGUCUGAGCUGGGAGGAUCGCGAGAGCCUGGGAAUUGGAGGCUGCGGUGAGCCGUGCUUGUGCCAUUGCACUCCAGCCUGGAUGACAGAGGGAAACCCUGUCUCAAACAUAAGUAAAUAAAUAAAUAAAAAUAAACCCCAGGGGCAGGACUGGCUGAAUUUCUGGGACCAGAGGUACCCACCCCUCCCCUCUGAGGGCCUCUUUUGGGUACCAAUGUGGCAAUAAUAUGAAUAACAAUAGCUUUACUGUGUGUCUACUGUGUGCCUGACACUGUCUGAAGGACUCUCUGUGUAUUAAAUCAUUUCUCCUUCACGAGGCCAGGUCUGCUACUUGCCCUGUUUUGUAGAUGAGGAGGUUGGGAUCUGAGAAAGCUGAGUAACUUGCUAAAGGUCCGGGUGCCCGGACGUGGCAGAGCUAUGCCUGGAAUCCAAGCUGUGGGCUCAGAGCCCCGACUCGGCCACUUCA